AUGGCCCUGCUCGUGGCAGGAGGAAUUAGAGAUAAGAAUUUGCAAGAAACUGAAGUAACAAUGGAAUCAAAGGUGGCAGAGAUAAAAGCAACAGAAGGCAGAAGAAAAAGCAAAGAGGUUGAAUUUAAACAAGAAGAAUUUAAAUGUGAUCGUAAAUCCAAAAAUCCCUGGGAAAAUACAAAGGAUAUUCUCGUGAUAUAUGAACAAGAAGCAGAAGCGUGGGCUCUGUAUUUAAAAUCUCUUUUUGGACACAUAGUGAAUGAAGGAGGAAUCUUACUGUACAAUCUGGAGACUUCAUCUUUCAAGCACCAGGAGCUAUUCUCUUUACCGUGUUAUAAAUGUAAACUCCUGAUACUAUCAUGUGGACUUCUUAACUGCCUGAAUCGAAAAACAAGUUAUUUUCUGGAACAAGUUCUAAAACCUCUGGAUAAUGUGGUGAUUCUACUUUGUGGGGUGGAGAAUUCAAAGAUUCUUUAUGAGAUACUGACCUUAGAUGGAGGUAUCAAAGAGAUUUCCACUGAUCAGGAACCGGAAGAAUAUCUCUCUGUUGUUACUGGAAUUAUUCAACCAGGUGAGCCACAGAAUGAAAAUCCUGGAGACUCUUUGUCUUACGUCUAUGAAGCAGUUCUUGCAGACGAUCACCAAACUAGCUCCGAUGUUAGUUUGUCGGAUGUCCAGGGAGCAUCAGAAAGAACAGAUCACAGUUUUAAAACAGAGGUACUUUCUGAAACAUUAGAGACUAAGGAGCAGUUGAUAUUGGUGCUUCCAAGAAGAAUAUCGUGUGAGAACCCUGGUGAAAUAUUCAUUUUGCUGAAAGAUGAAAUAGAUGAUGAAACUUUAGAAAUCGAAUUCAUAGCAGACAAUCAACGAAUUAGGACACAGCCAGCCUCAUGGAAUAAAAAGGUCAAGUACAUGAAAGCCUUAGAUUUUCCUGCUGGCCCCGUGUGUGUAAAUGUCUACUGUGGGGGAGUCAUUAAGACCACAGCGCAGAUCGAGUACUAUACUGCACUAGAGGAGAUUGAGCACGUUUUUAAGAAAGUGGCUGACCCAAUAGCUUUCACUUGUCAGGCUUUUAAAUUUUCUUCUGUAGAGAAGAUGGAUGAUAUUCUGACAUUGUUAUUGAAAAGCAAGGUAUCUACUUACGAAUUCAGCCCAUUCCAAAGUGAAGAACACCAUCAACAAGCUAAUAGUCAUUUGGAAGAAUUUCCUACUCUCCUUCACUGUGCAGCCAGAUUUGGAUUAAAGAACCUUGCAACAUUUCUACUUGAUUGUCCUGAGGCCACACAGGCUUGCAAAAUAACCAACAAAUAUGGAGACGAUCCAGCAAGUAUCGCUGAGAAGCACGGGCACAGGGAACUAAUGAAAUUAAUCAAAGAACUGUCAACAAAUGGUAACAAGAGACGUGCAAGAGAAGAAAAUAUGAUGAGAAAGCCAGAAGUUUCACUUUCCUAUUAUAAUCUUCUUGAUGGUUAUCAAGCUGGAUAG